AAUGCGCAUGACUAAAAUAUUGUCCAAUUUAUGUAUUCUGGAAUAAAGCUAUGUAAAUUUCUUUCCGGUCGCACAAUAAAUAUAUUGCAAUUUAUACAGUAUGACCGAAACGGAACAAUAACAAUCUUAAAAUUCAUAAAAGUAAAAUUUUAUCCAUGGAGAGUAAAAAAAAAAAUAUGAAAAAUUGCGAUACAUACAUCACGAUGUACAUCAACUUCACAACGUUAAGAAAAAAUCCGAAACUACAAAUUCAACGAAAUGUUAAAAAUAUCAAUCCUUAAAUACAUACACAUUCAACAUAUACGAAUGCAGCAGUCUUUCGUUUACUUGCAAUGUAUUCACGCCCACAUAAAAUACCGGCUGUCAGCAAAAAUUACCGACUUGGUAAUCGAAAUGAAAGUCAAUUGUAAUGUAUUACAACUCAUAGGUUUGGAGGACAUGUACCAAAUUGGGGCAAUUUAGAGAAAUGUCGGUCUAUAUGUCCGAAUACACAAGAUGUAGACAAACUCUUCCAUUUAGAUUAGCGAGGCCAUCAUAGAUAACAAUGACAACGGUUAAUUGUGUACAAUCGCCAAUUUCAUCUUCUAAGUCGUCUUUUUCUUCAUCAAAUGCAGUAAACUCGAAAAUAGCUUCAUGUUUCUCUUCAUACUGCAUCAAAAGCGAAAAUAUAUCAGCACCAAAUCCACCCACGUCGACAACCACUUAUUCUUACCCAAUACAACAAUCAUCACCUAGAAUAGGCCAGAAUACAUCCAGUAAUUUAUUCACGACUUCUACAAGAGGUGUAUCAGAGCCGAGUGGCAAUUCAUACCCUGAUUGUCCGGUAAGUGUCUCUAUGCUUACCACUGUGUAUAGCAAUUACAAAGACGAAGUAGAUCCAAUGUUUUUAACUAAUGGUGCUGAUGGUAGGGCAGAUACAAGUUUUCUUCCUAAUGAGCAUCGUGGGAAAUUAGUCAAGAGCCAGCAAACUGUUUCCUCUAAUGUCGGUAUAAAUGGCGAAGACGAAAGAACUUUAAAAUUAGCAGUUGAAUUAACAAUGCUAAACUUAAAAAAUGUUCAAACCCAACUGACAUCAGCACCAUCUCCUGCGAAUAGUAAACCGCACCAAGAAACUUUCUCGCAAGCUACUAUACAACCAACUUUUGAUCAGGCGUUAUCACCAAUUAUCAAUCCGUAUCGUAUGACAACCAAAGUUUUUUUGCAGACUCAAUCUCGUACUAUAGUUUCAAAUCCAACGUCUCUAAAUACACAAUUAUCUGACAUCAAUGAAAAUACUGUCAGUAAAAGUAGCUCAUUGGCUGAGCUCAGUCACCCAAUGCUGACAUCUGUUGUUAAUGAAGAACGGUCAAAAAAAUCACAGAACAUGACUGAAUGUGUUCCAGUGCCAAGUUCAGAACAUGUUGCAGAAAUCGUUGGUCGACAAGGUUGUAAAAUUAAGGCAUUACGAGCCAAAACAAACACAUACAUUAAAACCCCCGUUCGAAAUGAAGAACCCGUUUUUGUUGUUACCGGCCGCAAAGAGGACGUUAGCAAAGCAAAACUGGAAAUACUUUCAGCUGCAGAACAUUUCACUGUUAUACGAGCUACGCGACGAAUAAAUGACAACGUUGGCAUGCAUUCACCUGAAACUGGUGUUAAACACCAAAUAAUUGGACUAAAUAAAUCACACGGGUCCCCAAAAUCUCAAACACCCGGACAAAUCACUGUGCAGGUAAGAGUGCCAUAUAGGUUAGUAGGACUAGUCGUUGGAACCAAAGGUAACACAAUCAAACAUAUCCAGCAUGAGACUCAAACCUAUAUAGUAACACCGUCGCGAGACAAAGAACCUAUUUUUGAAGUAACUGGUCAAGCUGAUAACGUAGAAUUGGCAAGAAGGCACAUUGAAAUACAUAUAGCGACGAGGCUCGGAAGUACUAAGAAUAAUUCAGUUUCUACAUCAAUAUCACCUUCUUCGCCUUGUACUACAGUAAGACAAUCCGGAGAUGUUGACUCCACUGAAUCGUCGUUGCACUCUCUCAAUGCCCUUAAUCAUAUACUAAACGACGAUCUACAUUCAGAGAUACUGUCUUCGAUAUAUAAAAAUGGAAUCUGUUCCACUUUGGACUGCGGACAAAUUCAUGUAAAUGGUUUAAACUCCAACGAUAAGUCUAACAAUUUGCAUUCAAUUAAUGGUUUUUAUAAUGAUGACAUAGAAAGGCCAUCCCAAUACGUACUCAAUGAAGAAGUCAAUAACCAGCUUAAAUGUGUAGAUUUUGUUAACAAUCUCAUAGAUACUAAAUGCUCACAAUUUUGCCCAGAAAGAACACAGUUUACAUAAACUUACCAGAGUGUUCAUUUUAAAAAUGUGUUGUUAACAUUGGGCACAUAAUAAAUUAAUCAACCAGGCCAAAGUCUCAUAUAAUAUUGCAAAUACGAAGAACAUGACGUAGUUCAUGUGAAUCCUUCAGGUGUUAAGCAAUUUGCUGCAUAAAACCUCUAAAAAAGAAUACACAUAUAAAUGACAUCUAAGACUAUUACUCUCUCAAUAGCGCCAAACUAGUUAAACAGGUGAAUGCAAAGUACGUCUUAAGUGAAGAUAUUUUUAUUUUUACUUACACAAUAAUAACUAUGUAUAUAUAUGGAGAUUACUUGUGUCCGGAUAUUUGCAUAUUUUAUACAAAUAUUUUUAAUAUGUAUAUUUGAAUUGUAACUGAUCAAUAUAUAAUGUGUAUUAUUUAUUUUAUAUUUCAUAAUAAAAUACAAUGAAAAUAGA